CCAUGGGCCGGGGUUGUUCUGCACAAAGCAAAAUUGGAAAAUUCAAAGUGCAAUGCGGUUGUGCGUUAGUUCAUCAUCGGUGGGUGCUGACAGCGGCGUACUGUAUCACCGGAGUUUCGAGAAAGCUAUCUGUACAUAGCGUGCGGUUUAAUGAAUGGAAUACGAAGAGGAAGGCCAACUGUGCUGGUCAGGACGAUGCUGAAAGAUGCCGAGCGAAAUAUGAAAUAGAGAAACAAUUCCCACAUCCGUCAUACUCGAUUAGCAAUCCAAGCAAGAGGCACGACAUUGGUUUACUGAAAACAAAAGUUAAUGUAGAAUUUACCGAGUUCGUGACACCAAUAUGUUUGCCAUUCAGUGAAACUUUUCGGGAUCUUCGCAUUGAAGGCGAUUAUUUCACUGUUACUGGUUGGGGACAAACAGAUCAAAAAACACCUGGUUUGCAAAGACAUGCAACUAUAAGAGGACAGACCCACCUUGUCUGUGAUGCUGCGUUCAAAUCACAACUAGUUAGUCUCGCGAAGGGACAAAUUUGUGCCGGAGAAGCAGAAGGUCAGGGUUUUUGCCGGACAGAUCCUGGGUCACCUUUGAUAUUCGAAGACGAAUGGCCAAAGCACAUCCUAGGUGUCUUCAGCUUCGGAGCGGCGGAAUGCGGCAGCAAGAGCAACCCAGGAGUUUUCACAAACGUAGUUGAAUAUUUGGAUUGGAUCGAAGACGUAAUGUUAGGAAACUGAAAUCAUAUAACCUCUCCACGUUGAAUUGCUAACAACUACAGAAACUCGUAUACAA